AUGAGUCAAAUUCAAAACAUUAUUGUCUUUGAUAACGUUUGUGAUUAUUGUCAUAAAUCUUUAUCAGUAACACCAGUCAAAGUAUAUCCAAACAGAAGAAUAAAAUGUGGUAGAUGUUCAAAGUGCAACAAUGAAGAAGAAGACAAUGGCGUAGAUUCCAUGUACAACCAAAUUGCUUCAAGAAUUUUUUUCGAUUGCAUUAACAAGUUUGAUGGCUGUACACAAUUUCUUCAAUCGUGUGAAGUAGUUGAACACGAAAAAAUAUGUUUAUCCAAAAUGUGUACCUGUCCGAUUUGUUUGGAAGAAAUGUUUACCUUUUUAAUGAUUCGUCACUUUAAAAUAAAUCAUCGCGGAUCCUUAUUAGAAAAACCUCAUUUUCAAGUGACUGAUUUAAAAAAUAUAGAAAAAACAUUAUUGUACCAAUUAGAAUCUGAUUUGCUUUUCGUGAAUUUCCGUGAUGUAUCUGAUUCGUCUGCGGAUGAUUUGAGACAGUUUUCAUUAAACUUUUUAUUAUAUUUGGGUAAAAACGAUAACAUUAAAAAUUUCAAAGUAGAUUUCUUUGAAAAAAAUACUUACAUUUUAGAUAAAACUAUUGACACAAGUGGGAGUACAUCUGUUACAUAUAAUAUAACUUUAAAUAUUACACAUGAGUCUAAGUUGCUGAUAAUGUUUCAUUUAAAUAAUGCUGAGUCAAAAAUUGCCCUCAUCAAUGUAAAGCAACACCAAAUAAAUAAAUCUGAAGAAAAAGAAAAUAAUAAUUUAAAAUCAUUACCUCAAAAUAAUUCUGAUCCAAAAAUAGUUCAUAACAAAAUGGGAGAAAAUUUGAAAACACUUUUGUUUCAAAAGCGUGAUAUUUGCGUAAGUGAAACAUUUAAAAAGCCUGUUACAGAUUUAGUAAUUACUGACAAAACGACAAUCUCAUUUGCAAAAUCAGGAAAAAAAUUCACCAUUACACUAGCUUGUUAUGAUUGCCCAUUAAUUUAUUUUUCUUACAAUCAAAUAAAAGCACCAUAUUAUACAUAUUUGAUUGAAAAUAAUGAUAAUAAUUAUUAUAUGAAAUGUUUUAGAUGUAAUAAUUAUCUUGACACCGAAAAUAAAGUUAAAGAAGAAGGUUUUACAAGAGAUGAAUUAGACAAAUUAAAAUUUUUUUGUGUCUGGGGUUGUGGAACACUUUGUGUUUAUAACGAGUUGUAUAAACAUGAAAGAAAUUGUAACAAACAAAUUUACCAAAAAUGUCCCGUUCAAUCAUGUUUUCAUUAUUUAAAAUUAUACGCAAUUGAACAGCAUGUUGCAAAGGAACAUUCAUUAGUAAUUUGCCAAUCAAUCAAUUCAUAUAAUUUCAAUGAGUCAUUGAUUCGUCUAAAUUUAAAUACUUCUAAAUCUGUCCUAGAGCAUAUUAUGUUCAUGUGGUGUGUAUGCGUUUUUGUUAAAUUUAAAUGGGAACAACCAAAUUGGACAAUCAGUUUCACUUGUGAAAUACCAGGUAUAGAAAUAAAAGCUGGAAUAUAUGGUUUGGAUAAGAAAGAAAUAACCACAAUAAUUGAAAGUGGUUCAAUUCCACACUAUGAUUCCAUGUAUGUACAUUUACGUUGUAACAAGUUACUAAAAACUACAAAUAUUGAAUGA